AUGAGAGGCCUGGACAGCAGUAGGACAGCAGCAGUGCUUCGGUUCAUUGCAGCUUUGUCCAUUGAUAUCGGCGAUUUGGAUGAUUUGGAGGACACCACGGCUGAUGGGCUAUCGACUUUGACCGAGUACAACAGCAAUGACAACUGGCGCUUCAAUCAGGACUUUGAUAUCAUCGUGAGCGGGCUCCUGGAGCAAACGGACUAUCCGUACAUCUACUGCUACGCCGAAGAUGAUGAGACCGAUGGCAUUGGCAGUGCACCCAACACCAUGAUCUUCGAUAGCGCAGCCCUCUCCGGCGCGGACAACGUCUACACCAUCUGGCAGGGCACGGGCACGGUGCAGACGCUGGAUGAAUCGCCGCCCGAGUUCACGACGCUCAUGGUGAAGGAUCCCAGCGACCAGAACGACCGAUUGGUGGUCACCUUCGCCCUCAACGAGCCGGGCACCGCCUACUGCCGCGUGACCCGAAGCGACUCCGGUGAGGCGGAUCUCAGGAUCAAUCGGAUCUUAUCGGCCAACUACUAUGCCUCGGUGUCCGCGGCCAAUAUCCAGAACACCAUCACCAUCGACCAGUUAGAGUCCCGGGACACGAAGAGUCUCUACGAGGCUUCGCAGUACGACGUCUACUGCUGGGCGAUGGACGCCGCGGUGAACACGCAGGGUUUGCCCAGGCCGAAUUACAUGACGCAGGACUACGUGGACACUCCGGUCGGCACCACAUUGGCACACGCCCAGACAUCGCCCAGCGGGGGAAAGACCUUGAACGUUUGGGUCAAAGAUCUCACGCCGCCGACCAUGAUUUUUGUCUCCACUGAAGCGCUUUCAGAAGACACGAUCCAGAUCACCUUGCAGUUGAAUGAACCAGGCACCGUGUGGUGCAUGCCGACCUUGCCCGCCACGGAUGCCACCUACAUGGACUCAGCGGACAUCACCAGCGCCAACUUCAAGGACAAGAUCACGGGAGCAUCCGGUCCCGUGACCUUUCUGCAAUAUGUGCCCUUGGCAUAUACCAACGUGGACGUGGCGGUGGACCGUGUUGUAAGGGAUGACUCCACAGCAGCCACGCUCUUGUCGCGGGAGUCCAACUACAACAUCUUCUGCUUCGCCGCCGACGACUGGGACUUCGAGGCGACCGGAGCGGCACAGCAAUCGAUCAACUUUCAGACGGCCAAUGUCGGCGCAGCCAAUGAGGUCUUAUGGUCCGAGGUCUCCUCCUUCUCUUCCGUGGUGGGUCAGGUCAUCACCUUGGACCUCACUCCACCAACGAUCCAGAUCAACAGUGUGUCCACCACGGAGACGACCAUCACGGUGAACUUGGAGUUGUCGGAGACGGGCACCGCCUGGUGUCAGGCGGUGCGCCAUGGCUUCAACGUUCCGACCAUCCUGGAGAUCUUGGACAGCAACUUCACCACGGAGUACAUCCACUACACUCCUACCACGGUGCCGGUGGACGUGCAGAUCCUGGGCUAUGACCGCCCCAGGAACUGGGACAACACCUAUAUGACUCCUUUGGUGCUUGGUACCUACUACGACAUCUACUGCUAUGCUGACGACGAUCUUUGCGAUGGCUGCAAGGUCACCAAUGGAGUCUCCUUCAGCUACGUCAGCACCUCGGCCAACCAGCUGAAGGUGAGAACCUUGGAUUUGACGCCGCCGGAGAUGAGGUUCAUCGCUGCAGAGUCCAUUGCUCAUGACCAGAUCAUCAUCACACUCCAGGUGGACGAAGGGGCGAAAGUGUGGUGUGCCGCCUGGAGCAGCGAUCCCGUGUUGUCGGCCACGGCACAGGAUUAUGAAGUGCGGAUCAAGGCUGAAGCUGGCACCUGUUCAGACAACCUGGGCAACCAAUGUGGAACCUUCUGGGUCUAUGACAUGGACGACAUUGUGGAUGUCAUCAACGCAGAUGACGGUGUGGCCAGCCGCGCGGAGUAUGAGGCGACGAAUUGGAAGUAUUUGAGGGAUGUGGACAUCAUCGUGAGCGGCUUGACGGAAGAAACCGAUUAUCCCUACAUCUACUGCUACGCCGAGGACGACGAGCUCACGCCCAACAAGAUGAUCUUCGACUCGGCCGCCACUGGACCCAGUAACGUCCACACCAUGUGGACGGAGAUCGGCACCAUUCAGACUUUGGACGAGACGCCGCCGAGCUUCACCAAGUUGGCGAUCACCGACCCCACGGAUGUCAUCUCGGUCACGUUUCAGCUCAACGAGGCAGGCACCGCCUACUGUCGCACCACCCUCUCCAUCUCAGGCGAGACCACACUGCUCAUCAACCAGAUCCUCUCGGCCAAUUUCUAUGCAGAAGUGGCAGGCCCAGGCGUCGACGGGCAGAUCGACAUCACGGCGUUGGAGUCCACGGAUGCGCAGGGUCUCUACGAGGGCCAUCAAUAUGACGUCUACUGCUGGGCCAAGGAUUCAGCUGUGGACACCCACGGGCGCGCGCGGCCGAAUUACAUGACUCAGACCUACUUGGAGACGGACGUGGGCAGCAACUUCCUGACGGCGCCCAACGGCGGACGUACCCGAUAUGUAUGGUUGAAGGAUCUGACGCCCCCCACCAUGAUCUUCGUGUCUGCGGAGGCGCUCACGGACAGUAAGCUGCAGAUCACGCUGCAAUUGGACGAGCCUGGUACUGUGUGGUGCCAACCUGCGAUGCCGACCGCGGAUCCCUUACUGGAUGUGAAUGACCUGGAUGCCUCCAACUACAUCACCAAGAUCAAAACAGCGAACACCGUGUUCUUCCAAUACGUGCACGAGCCGUACCGCAAUGUGGACGUCGAGGUUGACUAUAUCGAUGAUGAUGCAGGGACCGCCUCGAGUUUGCUGCUGAGUGAGUCGCCCUACAACAUCUACUGCUUCGCCGAAGAUGACUGGAGCUUCCAAACGACCCUCUCAGUCGAUAAGUCGCCCAAUUGGCUCGCUGCCAACGUGCCGACGCCCAACAUGACCGUGGGCAAUGGAAACGAAGUGAGCUUCAUCGCAGUGGAUGCCUUCAUGGCCUCGGUGGGCCAGGUGAUCACCUUGGAUCUGACUCCUCCGACCAUCAACCCGAUCACCCUCAGCAGCGACGAGACCAACAUCAACGUCACUGUCAGUUUGGACGAGACGGGGACGGUUUGGUGUCAAGCGGUGCGGAAGGACUUCAAUCCACCCACGAUCCUCGAGAUCUUGGACACCAACUACUACAGUCACUAUAGCGGCAGUGAUACGACGGUGGAGAUCACUGGCUAUGACAAGCCCAUCAACUAUGAGCCCAACUAUGAGCGACCCUUGGUGUUAGGCACAGACUACGACGUCUACUGCUAUGCCACCGAUGACUUAUGUAUCGGUUGCAGGGUGACCAAUGGCGUGACCUUCAGCACGGUAGUGCUGACCAAGGAUACCAUCCGCACCAAGGACUACACCGUGCCCAAGAUGAGGUUCGUGGCGGCGGAGUCCAUCGCAAGAGACAAGAUCUUGGUGACACUUCAAGUGGAUGAAGGUGCGAUGGUGUGGUGUGCUGCCUGGAGCGCUGAUCCGGCCUUCACCGAUUCCACCGACGCGGAGACCGAACGAGACGCAGAUCAAGAGCCAGCAAAGCAACUGCGCCGAUGGCCGAGAUCAAGCAAAGACCUCUUGGGCUUGCCGGUCACGGCGCUGCAGGAUGCUGAUUGUGACAAUCCCUCGUUGGCUCACGGGGACUUUGCAACCAGUGCGGAACGACGCUGGGCAGCAGGGGCGGCGAUCGAAUGGGAGAUCGUUUCCUUCGCGGCGACACCGCCCGGGUUGGCCGUUCGCCGGAAGGGUCAGUUGGACCGCAUUUUUACUGGUCAAAGGUCAGGUUAA